AUGGUUGGACAGUGUUCUCGAAGCUACCAGCAUGAGUUUGACCAAACUGCGGGAGGCAGUGGAAGACAGGAGUGCCUGGCGUGCUCUGGUCCAGGGGGUCCCGAAGAGUCGGACACGACUAAACAACGACAACAAAUCCGGCACUGCCUAGGGAUGCUGCGCCUGGAGGGGGGGGAAGCAAAAGCUCCGCCCGCCCUGCCCUUUGGCCGAGCGGAGCCGCGCCCUGCCGGAACGGGACCUUCCUCCUCUUCGCAGCCCAAGCCGGGCGGGCCAAGGGCUUGCGGAGUCCCGGUAGGUGAAGGCGCUCGCGGGUCGUGGGCGUGAGGAGCCUCGUUGCAACGCCUCCGGUUGCAAAAAUCCACAUUUGUCCCGUGGAAGAAGCGCGGGGAGCGCGGCGUUGCUCGGCAUAAAGGGGAUGAGGGAAGAGGCGCGCUCGGCGCUUCUCCUCCUUUGUCCGCGCCGCUUCUUGCUUUUCUCCCUCCCCAAAGCGGAACAGGGCGUGGGCCGAACUCGGGUCAUCGCACCAACAAAGCCGUUGCAUGAGAUCCGGAGGGCUGUGAGAGAAUUUUUUUCAAAAAAGGAGUCGUGUCUUGUGCGCAACGUCCGAACAGACAGACACGCGGAACGUUGUUUUUACACGGCCAAGGGCGGCGACAAGCCCUUCCACCCAAAUAGUCCCCUUUCUCCAAUCCCCACAUAUACUGUACAUUCUUUUCCAUCGGAAAUCUAAUAUAUGGGACAAAACUUGUGAUCUUUUUAAAAAAAAAUAGUUUAAAAUAUUCAUACGUAUUUUCAGGGCUGAAACUAGGCUUUUUGUCACCCUGUCAAAGACCCAGUUUGGCGCGCACACACAAUGCGUGUUAGCAUACAUGCACAUACACACACAAAUACACAGCUCAACACAUUUAUUCGUAAAGGGCAUAAACAGUAGGCGUUAUAUUAUUUGAACACAAAGGAAUCCAAAAAUUAUGGUGACUGUAUGAUCAAAAGCAAAAAUGUUUUGUCAAAAGUAGAGCUUCCAUGUGCAGCAGUUGCCUAUCUGAGGUCAGGUUUUGAAUUGGAUUUAUUUGUUCACAGGAUCAUUAAAAGACUGCAUUUCCAUAAGAUCGGUCAAGACCCUCUGGUUUCCUUUUUAAAUGAAUUUAUUUAUUUUUUGGUCUCUCUGAGGCUUUUUGCCACCCACCCCUCCUCUUGGUUCUGUGCAAACCCUUUCAAGGAGUUUUGAUGUGUAACUUUACUCCCGAGUAAGCUUAAACAAGAGCCGCUUUCCGUUUUAUUUUUGUUUGAUUGCUCAUUUUAGGAAAUGAUAAUUUUGUAGUCAUUUUAGGUUCCAUGUAAGGUGAGGAAAUGUUUUUUGAGAGUCUAAAGUAGAAAGUGCCCUUCAAAUUACAAUCCUAAUGCCGCUGGGCUGACCAGUGCUGGCCAGGGAACUGCCUCUAGCAGGAAAAAUGCUCACACACCCUUUACUUUCCUGUCUGUAGAUCAUGGGUAGGCAAACUAAGGCCCGGGGGCUGGAUCCGGCCCAAUUGCCUUCUCAAUCUGGCCUGCGGACGGUCUGGGAAUCUGCAUGUUUUUACAUGAGUAGAAUGUGUCCUUUUAUUUAAACUACAUCUCUGGGCUAUUUGUGGGGCAUAGGAAUUUGUUCAUUACCUCCCCCCCCCCCCUAAAAAAUAUAUAGUCUGGUCCCCCACAAGGUCUGAGGGACGGUGGACCAGCCCCCUGCUGAAAAAGUUUGCUGACCCCUGGUGUAGAUCAUGUAAAGUAAAAUGAAUCAACCUUAGCUUUUAAACACAUUCAAAGUUCUGAAGGGAUCAUAGAAUUGUAGAGUUGGAAGGGACCCCAAAGAUCAUCCAGAAUAGCUCCUAUUGCCAGCUUUUAACUGAAUCCGUUAUUGUCAGUACAGUCAUACCUCAGGAUAAAUACGCUUCAGGAGAAGUAUUUUUGGGUUGCGACCCGGAAGUAACGGAGUGCGUUACUUCCGGGUUUCGCCACUCGCGCAUGCGCAGAUGGUAAAAAAUGACGUCGCGCGCGUGCACAGAAGCAGCGAAAUGCGACCCGUGCAGUCGUGUCUUACGUUCUGUUCAGGAUGCGAACGGGGCUCCAGAACAGAUCCCGUUCGCAUCCCGAGGUACCACUGCAUACAAAUAGUCAGAUAAUGCAAAAGCUUUCAUUAGGCAGAGUGAAAAAGUAGCUAAAUCUCAGUUUCCUAUAGCCAAGAUUGGUUAGAAGUACAGGCAACUCCCCAUUUACGCGGGGGUUACGUUCCGAGGCAUUGCACGUUUAAGUGAAAUCGCGUCUAUUUGGAACACCAUUGAAAAAGCGUGCAAGCGCCACAAUCGCUGUCAGCAGACUUCCUUGCUCAAACUCCUGCUCUCCACUGGCCUCAAAGGUUUGUGCAAGGGCUCCUGGGAUUGCAUUUGCAAAGGCUCCUGGGAUUGCUAGGCACUAUUUUGACUCCAUUUUUGCCGUUUCCGUGCUCUUUUAUGGCCAUUUUUGGCCCUUUUCAUGCCACUUUUGGGUUCACGGCAAUGCAGGUGAGUAUGGUUGUGCGUGCCUUGAAUGCACGUAAAUGUGGAGUUGCUUGUAUACAUAUUUUAAUGUAUUUAAUAUUCACAAAGGUAUUAUUAUUAAUAAUAAUAUUAAUAUUCAACAUGGAAGUUGGUGAGAGAGUGAACAGGGUUUCAACAUCAGGAGGAAUCAACUAGUUUCAUAACGGAACCCAAGUCUAAUAUGUUUACUAUUUUAUUGCUUUCAAGGAGACCUUUCUGAAGAGGAAGGGAAAAGUGCAAUCUGUCAAAGAUCUGUAG